AUGAGUGCGGAUGAUGAGCUGGGGGAACUGGGGCUCGAAGUAGUCCCACAUAGCGAGCUGGAGCAGCAGAUAGAGUCGAAUGCGCAGACGCUUUUGGAUCAAAAGCAGUAUAAAUUGGAACAGGACCGUUUAGAACGGUAUGAGGAGAAACUGAAGGUGCUGCGUCAGCAGCAGAGCAGCUUGGGCCGCAAGUUACGUGCGGCGACUCGCAUCAGCGUGCGAAAGAAGCUACAGGAGCAGCUUGAUCGGCUCGAGGCGGAGGACCUUCCGCCGGUGCUGCAGGAUAUUAGAGAUAUUAAAAGAAGACUACGGGAGAUUGGCCAGGACCAGAAGACAGAUGAGCCGAGGAGCGGCGGAGUGCGUCAAGCAGGGGAGUCCGAAAAAGAUUACCUCGUCAGAACUGGCCGCCUGACCGCAUUUGGCAACCGCACGGAGUUCACUUUGGCCGAUGACAGCACUCGCGCAGACAAUAGACAGGCCUCGCACGGCGAAGAGGACGGCGCCGACGCUACGCCGGAGAGCGUGCCGUUCCCCUACACCGACGAGGAAGACAAUUCUGAUUCCGAUUCAUCGGGCGCUUCCGCGGAGGGGACAGCAGACGCUGCUGAGGAUGACGGCAACGAACUCCACUACCAAAGGCGACUAUCGGGAUGGCUCGAGCAACGAAAAAGAAGCCGCGGACACGACCCUCAUCCUGGCAUUCCCGAGUGGGAGAAACCACACCCGACCCUGCCGGACGCCAAGCUGUAUGACGACUUCAAAAUACCCGCUGACAUUUUUGACAAAUUGUUCAGCUACCAGAAGACAUGUGUGCAGUGGCUGUACGAACUACACCAGCAGAAUUGUGGAGGUAUCGUCGGCGAUGAAAUGGGGCUCGGCAAGACCAUCCAGAUCGUGUCCUUUCUGGCAUCUCUGCACCAUUCCGGCAAGCUGAAGGGACCUGUCCUUGUGGUAUGCCCAGCGACUGUUAUGAAACAGUGGUGCAGUGAGUUUCAGACCUGGUGGCCACCCUUCAGGGCGGUGAUUCUGCAUUCGAUCGGGGCCGGAAUGAUAACUAGGAAGAAAAUGACAGAGGAGCAGCUAGAGGAGCUGUUGAUGCGUGAUGAGAGUAAUGAAUUUUCCUACGAGCAGUACGCCAAUCUCGGACGCACAAAGAAACAGCUCGAGGCCAGACGAGGCAUCGAAAGUCUGGUACAAAAAGUGGUCGACGACGGUCACAUUCUGAUCACCACAUAUUUAGGGCUACAAAUUCAUUCUGACUUGUUGCUACAUGUGAACUGGGAUUACGCCGUCUUGGAUGAAGGCCACAAGAUACGCAACCCAGACGCUGGGAUCUCCCUAACAUGCAAGAGACUAAGAACACCCCACCGCAUUAUACUUUCGGGUACGCCAAUACAGAACAACCUCACGGAGCUCUGGAGUCUUUUUGACUUCAUAUUCCCCGGAAAGCUUGGCACACUGCCUGUCUUCCAACAGCAGUUUGCUAACCCCAUCAACGCGGGCGGCUAUGCUAAUGCGACCAAUAUACAGGUCCAGACCGGCUAUAAGUGCGCGGUGGCACUCAGAGACCUCAUUUCCCCAUACUUACUGCGACGAGUCAAGAAUGAUGUUGCCAAGGAUUUGCCCAAGAAGAAUGAGUUUGUCUUAUUUUGCAAGAUGACGCAAUUCCAGAAGGAGAAGUACCUGCAAUUUCUAAACUCGGAGGAUAUGAUAAAAAUCAAGAAUGGCAGGAGGCAGGUGCUGUACGGCAUCGACAUUCUGCGCAAGAUCUGUAACCAUCCCGACCUCCUGGAGCGCGACUUCAGGAAGCACGAACCAUCGUUCGGCGACCCCAGGAGGUCCGGCAAAAUGACGGUGAUCAAGCAGCUACUGCUCACCUGGAAGAAGCAGGGCCACAAGGCCCUGCUCUUCACCCAGUCCAGGCAGAUGCUCGACAUCCUGGAGGCCUACAUCUCGCACAAAGAUCCCGAGCUGGCAGGCCUACAGUACCUCCGGAUGGACGGAACCACAAACAUCGCACACCGGCAGGCCCUCGUGGACCGUUUCAACAACGGCCCGUACCACCUCUUUCUUCUGACCACCCGCGUGGGGGGCCUCGGCGUCAACCUCACGGGCGCGAACAGAAUCAUCAUCUUCGACCCCGACUGGAACCCCUCCACGGACCUGCAGGCCCGCGAGCGCGCCUGGCGCAUAGGCCAGAAGCGCGACGUGACUAUCUACCUGCUCAUGGUCGCCGGCUCCAUCGAGGAGAAGAUAUACCACCGCCAGAUCUUCAAGCAGUUUCUCACCAACAAGGUCCUCAGCGACCCCAAGCAGAAGCGCUUCUUCAAGAUGAACGAGCUGCACGACCUCUUCUCCUUCGGCCCGGGCGCCGCCAGCGACUCCUUUGCCUCUGAGAUCGAGCAGCAGACCGCCUCCCUCCGCCGCCAGCCGGCCGCCCACGGCACCGACGACUACGACUCCGUCCAGCGUUUCGAGGGCGUCUCCAAGCUGGAGGGCUUCUUCAACGCCAAGGACCGCGCCGACCGCGAGAAGGACGAGGACGCCCGUCUGAUGGACGGCCUGCUUGGCGGCGGCAGCCUCGCCACCGCCGUCCACCACGACUCCGUCGUCCAGGCCCACGCCACGCCCUCCGACGACAUCAUCGCCCGCGAGGCCGCCCUGGUCGCCCGCAACGCCCUCGCCGCCCUGCGGAAGUCCCGCGCCCUGACCAAAAACUACGAUGUCAGCACGCCUACAUGGACGGGCAAGUUCGGCCAGGCUGGUAGAGUCAAAAAGAAGCGCCGCCAACCUGCCACCAGCUCCGCGGCUAUCAUUACAGCUUUAGGGAACCCGCCUCCGGCAACUACGCCCGCAUCCACAAUGUCCGAGGAGCACGCCCGGUCUUUGGCGCAGAUGCGUGAUUUCCUCCAGGCUCAACCCGGCUAUUUUUCCACAUCGGUGGCACUCAUAGAACACACCGGACUGAAAAUCUUAACUAAACAGGACCUGACACAGACGAGGGCCCUAUUAAGAACUAUUGCUACUUUUGACAAGACUCGAUCAGGCUGGAUUUUAAAGGAAGAGUUCCGUGACUAA